UUAGUGAUUAUAACAAACUCGGGCAAGUGGCUGGACGCGCGCGCGCAUUAAUAUUUACUUACUUUUAAUUGGAACAGUACUUUUUAAUUGGGACAAUAGUGGCCGAUCAUGGCCAACAGAACAUUUCUGUUGUGCCUAGUGCUCUCUAUAUCGCUCGCGUGUUAUUUUGAGAGUGCGGCGGGUUCUCCCAAAAGAGGAGGAGGUGGAUACAGCAGAGGCGGUGGUAGCAGAGGAGGAAGCUCUUCAAGUUGGGGGAGAGGGUCGUCGUCUUCAAGCUCCGGGUCGAGUUGGUCAUCAUGGUCCAAACCGAGUUAUCCAUCGUCUGGCGGCCUCUCCGGAUAUGGAUCCGGCUCUAAACCCAGCUACCCGUCCUCAUCUUCAGGCCUAUCAGGAAGUAACAGCUGGUCAUCAUGGAACUCCAAACCGAGUUAUCCUUCGUCGUCUGGAGGUCUCUCCGGCUAUGGAUCCGGGUCCAAACCUAGCUACCCGUCCUCAUCAGGGGGGCUGUCUGGAUAUGGAACUGGUGGGUCCAGUAGUCAUGGGUAUCCGACGUCUAAUUCGGGAUUGUCAGGAAGUGGACAAAAGCCGAGCUACCCAUCGUCGUCAACAGGCCUGUCAGGAUCUGGAAGCUCUUCAUCUUCAGGAUCUGGUUGGUCUUGGUGGGGAUCUGGCUCUUCUUCCUCAAGUUCUAGUAAUAAUUAUGGAAACAAACAAACCAACAACAAAUACGGUAAUAACUAUUACGCCACACCGCAUCAUACUGGAACACAUGUUGUGAAUAAUCACAUCACUAAUAAUUAUCAUACUCCUGGAUACCAUCCGUACUAUUCAGCACCACAGUACGUGUAUGUGACUGAAUAUAGAAACUCCGGCAGCCGCUACGGAGACAUUUUGACAGGUUUAGCGCUGUACAACCUGGGGCGCUCCCACAGCCAUUAUCACGACGACCACUACUACCAUGACGACUAUUACAGACACCGUUACAAUUCAAAUGGAAAUAUGAAUGGGAACUAUUCCCCUCAAAAUGCAGCCGUCUGUACCAUGAGAAUCACGGAAAACGGAAGGGUUGAGGUAUUGAAAAUUCCUUGCGAAAUAGUCUCGACAUUUACUAAUGAGGGUAAGCAGGUUUCAAUUCCCCAAACUCAAGUUAAUUCUACAACGUGUGUGACGAACUCUACUACGGUGAACAGCACUGCGCCUGUGAAUACUACCUCAGUGAAUGCGACCGUAUCAUCGAAUGUGACAAUGAUCAACUCCACGUCUUGCACGUUCACUGUCAACGCGACAGAUCCUCUUAAAGUGAAGGGACCUCCUAUAAACCCGUCGAACAUGGAGUGCGAAGUGGAGAUUAGGACUAGGGAUCUCCGUACUACUAAUAAAGUGGAUUGUAACACCUUGAUGCGUUACUCGAGAAUGCCGGAGCCCGCUAAGUCGGAAAACACUAUAUUACCUGAAAGACAGAAAUUGAAGCAGAUUCUUCAUAAUCCACCGUGGUGGAUGUCAUUGUUCAUUGCUGUGUAAUGUACUAAACUAUGUAUAACAUUUUAGUUUAAAUGUAGAUAUACAAGUUAUAUAACUAUGUCGUGCUACGUGCAUAAUUAUAAGAACUUAAUAAUGUAAAUAAGUUGUCUUAAAUACACUUAAUAUGAUAAAUAAAUAGGUACCACGAAACUCCUAUCUUAUCUACAAAAUGAGUUGAAAGGUUAAGUGAUACGUUAAGUUGAUAUCACUCAAUUAUAUUUUUCAUAUUUUCAAAUAAAGAUGUUUAAAAAUA